CUCAGAAUUUCAAGUCAACUAUUUUGAUCUACACAAAUUUUCCUGAAAAAAUUGUAUGCUGUAAAACCAGUUUUAACUUCGAAAUUAUGACGGGAAUUGCUAUUAACGGUUUUGGACGGAUUGGGCGCGUCUUUCUGCGCGAAACUUUAAGGCGACAGGAUGUUAAAGUUAUUGCCAUUAAUGAUCCAUCGAUGGAUCCCAAGUAUAUGGCCUAUAUGUUACGCUACGACACAACACAUGGCGUUUUAGACAAGAAGAUUUCCAUUGAAGGCAAGAAGCUAAUCAUAGACGGCCAAAAGAUUGAGGUGCUUAACGAGCUGGAUCCGACAAAAUUGUGUUGGAAAGAUCUCAACGUGACUACGGUAGUUGAAUGUACUGGUCGAUUUACCACUCUUAAGGCUGCACAGUCGCAUAUCGAUGGGGGAGCUAAAAAGGUGGUCAUAUCUGCACCAUCGGCGGACGCGCCCAUGUUUGUGUGUGGCGUCAAUUUGGACAAGUAUAAGCCAGAAAUGAAUAUCAUAUCGAAUGCCUCUUGCACAACCAACUGCCUUGCACCGCUGGCAAAAGUUGUGCAUGAUAAUUUUGAAAUCUUGGAGGGUCUCAUGACGACAGUUCAUGCUUGCACCGCCACGCAGAUGAUUUUGGAUGGACCGAGCAAAAAGGUCUGGCGCGAUGGACGCAGCGGCAUGUGCAACAUAAUACCGGCCAGCACGGGCGCUGCCAAGGCUGUUGGCAAGGUUAUACCAGAACUGAAUGGUAAGUUAACAGGCAUGGCUUUUCGUGUGCCCACACCGAAUGUUUCCGUGGUGGAUUUGACAUGUCGUCUUGGCUGUGCCGCCAAAAUGGAUCAGAUCAAGGAAGCUGUCAAGGAAGCAGCCAAGGGCGAUAUGAAGGGCAUACUAGCCUACACUGAAGACGAUGUAGUCUCGUCGGAUUUGAAUGGCUCGCGCUAUGGCUCCGUAUUCGAUGCCAAAGCCUGCAUAGCGCUUAACGAUAAUUUUGUUAAGCUUAUCUCGUGGUAUGACAAUGAAACUGGCUACUCUUGCCGGCUGUUAGAUCUUGUGAUUUUCUCUCAAAUGAUAGAUAAAUGUAUCGAAAAACAAAAGAAAGACAAGUGCGACAAGUAGGAAACCCCCUUACAGACAUUAGCUUCAAUUAAUGUAAAAUCUCCAAAUAAAGUUUUACGU